UCGGCAGGAAACCGAUCGAUCGAUCGAUCGAUCGAUCGAGCUGCGGCCUUGGGUUGCCGAUCACGGAAGCUCCCAUGCUCUGGAGGAGGAACAGUAUCAAAUCAGCCACUGCGGCCAAUUCUGCAACUUUAUAAUUAACAUUAUUAUUAUUAUUCAAAUGGAGACAAAAUUCCUGCCCAACUCCAGCUCUCGACGUGAAGAAAAAGGAGAUGGUUUACCGUUGCACUCACGAAUAAUCCAAACGACGACAACUAGGACCACCCUGUUUUUCCCUCCCUUCCCUUCCCUCCUUCACAAGAACUCCACAAUUCGCUUUUUGGCUGCACCGCACUGCACUGCACUGCAAUUUAACCACCCUCUAUAAAUCUGUACGCACCUCGGCACAUGCCGAGCAAGUGCUGUGGCAGUCUCUUUCAGUUCGUCGAUCUACUUGUUGGUGGCAAUUCAGCGAUGGGGAUCUUGAGGGACGCCGGGAAGUGCUACAGGCCGGUCGCCGACGUCGAUCUCGGCCCGAACAGCGACGAGUUCUAUAUCCUUGCCGAUGUCAAAGCUCCGCGAGUGGCUGGCCUUCUCGUCAAGAUAUUCGUGUGGAUUCUGGAGUCGUGGAUCCUCGGCCCCGUCGUGAUCUACUUCCUCAAGAAGGACAACAAAGUUCAGAGGCUCGUCUCAAACGCUGUAAUUCAAGAGCCGCCGCUCUUCGUUCCUGAUCAUGAUAACCAAGACGUCGCGGAGCAAAGCGUUAGCCCAGUUAAGCCUAAUCUGUCGCCGGCCGAACGAGUUCAGGAGGCCGCAGGCUGCCUUCCUGCAAGUUUGGAAUCCAGUUUGCAUGGUUCACCUUGCCAAUUCAGACGUUGGACUAUCCGAGACUUCGCGAGAGCUUACAGAUCAGGAGAAACGACUCCUCUUGCAGUUGCAAAGAGGUUCUUGGCUGCUGUUAAAGAGUCCGAAGAUCCCAAACUCCAAAUGGCUUUCUUCAUUAACUUCAGCCCUGAUGAUAUUAUCAGGCAGGCAGAAGAAUCAGCACAAAGAUUCCAAAUAGGAGCUCCAAUUUCGAUCAUGGAUGGAAUUCUUGUAGCGAUAAAGGAUGAGAUCGACUGCCUGCCUUAUCCUACAACUGGAGGGACUACAUGGCUGCACAAGUCCAGGCCAUGCAUUGAUGAUGCAAGCUGUGUGAGGCAAUUGAGGUCAUGUGGUGCCAUCCUUGUGGGGAAGACCAACAUGCAUGAGCUUGGAGCCGGGACCAGUGGCAUCAAUCCACACUACGGCGCUACGAGGAACCCCUGCGACAUCAACAAGGUUUCUGGAGGUUCAUCUAGCGGAUCGGCCGCAGUAGUGUGUGCUGGAUUGUGUCCUGUUGCUCUCGGAGUCGAUGGAGGGGGGUCUGUGAGAAUGCCUGCAGCUUUGUGUGGUGUUGUUGGAUUCAAACCAACUUCAAGUCGCUUAUCGAAUUCAGGGGUUCUUCCAUUGAAUUGGACUGUCGGAAUGCCAGGAAUAUUAGCAGCGACCGUCGAGGAUGCUCUUUUAACUUAUGCUGCUAUUUGUAGUGAUCCUCCAAAUCGACCAACACUUUUACAACCUUCGCUCAACUUUCCCCUACUCAACUCGGCGCAGCCCCUCACCGACAUAAAGUUAGCCAAAUCUUCCAAGUGGUUUAAUGAUAGCACAAUUGAUGUAAGGAACUGUUGCGACCGAGCCAUAAGUAUGCUAUGCAAGCAGUAUGGAUGGAAGGUUCUGGAUGUGACCGUUCCCGAAAUCGAAGAGAUGAGGCUUGCUCACUAUGUCACAAUUGGAUCAGAAUGCACUGCUUCAUUGGCUCCUCAUCUCUCAAAACUUGAUCAUGCGGAAAUAGGCUGGGAUGCACGAGUUGCGCUCUCCGUUUAUGGUUCAUUCACAAGCAAAGACUAUUUGAAUGCACAAAGAAUCAGGAACCGACAAACGCAAUUCCAUAGAGAGAUUUUUAAGAAGGCUGAUGUGAUUGUCACACCGACCACAGGUGUUACUGCAUACCCAUUACUAAGUGAUGCUUUGAGCACCGGUGAACUCGACUACAUAAAUGGAGCCGCACUUGUGAGAUACUCCAUAGCAGGAAACUUCCUUGGAUUGCCUGCAAUUACUGUCAUGGUCGGCUAUGACAUGGGAGGCUUACCAAUCGGCCUACAAUUUAUCGGAAGACCAUGGUCGGAAGCAACUCUACUCCAUUUAGCAUUUGCAAUGCAGACAAUUUGCAUCAAAAGCUACAAGAAGCCCCAAGUGUUCUACAAUCUCCUCGAGACGAAGUAAGAAGACGAGACAAUGUUCUUCCCCUCCGAAUCUAUGAAGGUUCCAUCAACACUAGCAUUAGAUACUUCUUUGGAGUAAAACUAAGAUCGAUUGUGGGGAUUAGAACCGACAUAAGGGCCUACUUACUCAAUUGUAGCUUUGCAAUGUAUUGGUAGCUUCGCAAAUGUAUCAUGUGACAUUGUAUCUUGUUACUAAGAAACUUCAAUUUGAAUAUCUUUGUUGUUCCACAAA